AUGUCCUUCUCAACACUUGUCCAAGACAUCGCAUACAGAGACUCCCAUCCCGAUGACCGCAGCUCAAUCUUGUCGAGAGGAGGCAGGACUCGAUCCCAUGCCAGCACGGCCGCGACCAGCGUAAGCAUUUCCGGCGACAUCUCGAGCCAGUUACAUGCUGGCUACAGCCAUCCACUGAACCGCAUCUGGCAAGCUGAGAGGCAAUUAACCAAGUCUAUGCUUAUUUACCCCCUCUUCAUAACCGAUGUUCCUGAUGAAGAAACUCCUAUCCCAUCCCUACCAAAUCAAUACCGUCGUGGAAUUAACCGUCUCGUUCCCUUUCUCACCCCCCUGGUAAAGAAGGGCCUUCGUUCAGUUAUCCUUUUUGGGGUCCCACUUGCCCCUAACGCCAAGGAUGCUCUCGGUACAGCAGCGGAUGACCCGGCAGGCCCAGUUAUUCAAACCAUUCGCCUCCUUCGCGCACAAUUUCCUCAGCUCUACAUCGUAACUGAUGUCUGUCUGUGUGAAUACACUUCUCAUGGCCAUUGCGGGAUUCUGCGAGAGGACGGCACGUUGAACAAUGCUCUAUCCAUUGAUCGAAUUUCCGACGUGGCCCUAGCAUAUGCAGAAGCUGGAGCGCAUUGCGUUGCUCCUUCCGACAUGAAUGAUGGUCGGGUCCGUGCCAUCAAACUCAAACUAAUCGAAGCUGGCAUUGCGCAUCGCGUGCUCCUCAUGUCCUACAGUGCUAAAUUUAGUGGAUGUCUAUAUGGACCGUUCCGCGAUGCGGCAGGAUCAGCUCCUACUUCUGGCGACCGUAAAUGUUACCAACUACCACCUGGUGGCCGGGGUCUCGCCCGUCGUGCAAUUCAGAGAGAUAUAGCCGAGGGUGCAGAUAUUAUCAUGGUGAAACCGGCAGGUAGUUACCUCGACAUCAUUAGUGACGCCAAGGAACUAGGUAGGGACAUGCCCGUUGCGGCAUAUCAGGUCAGCGGUGAAUAUGCGAUGAUUCAUGCGGGUGCUAAAGCCGGUGUGUUUGAUCUGAAAUCAAUGGCAACAGAAAGUACAGAGGGCAUUCUGCGCGCCGGUGCCGGCAUCGUGGUGAGCUACUUCACACCAGAAUUUUUGGACUGGCUCAGUUCCUGAACAAUGCUAUGAGAUACCAAGGAGAUGGAGCUUAGGGGAGUAUUAAUUUUACUGCCCUAGAGCUUGAACAUCCCUAAUGCUUUUCUGGUUUGCCAGAAACCCCCAGUACAUCGUGGAGGCUGUCAUUAUCCGCUUCGAAUAGGAGUGACCGCAAUCUUAGUCCUACUUUGCCAUUUGAUCUGCACAACACUCAGCUACAUGGUCAAAAAUGUACCCGGGAUCUUGACUUGUGUAACUUAAGAAU